AUGGUAUUGACCAGAAAAACCAACGAAGAUGUUGAAUCAGAUGAUGAAAGUGACAUUUCGGACCCAGAAGAAGACACCAUUGCUGGAGCAUUAGCAGCAUUAAGAGGUGGUAAUGUCAAGAAAUCUGAAGAAAAAGAAGCUGUAUCGGGUGAUGUAUCUGAUGAAAGCGAUGCUGAAAGUAUUUUCACUGAUAUCGACACUGAUACUGAAGAUGAAGGUGAUAAUUAA